AAAACGUGGGAGAGUACAAAAAGGAGAACGAAAAAAAUAUGUGGUGUAAUACAAAAACAAAAACUUUGUUUUUAUCUAGUUGUUUUUUAACAACUACGUAAUUUGCAACAUAAUAAGUACAUACAACACGCAUUUCGGCUAAAAAGACAUAAACAAGGUCAUGGAAAACAAUAAAGGAUAUCGGGCACCGGUGUAAAAUAAUAUACAGAAAAUAUAUUGCAAAUAUUUUUCACGGCUGGAUUAAAAUUAAAAAAAAUGUGUUGUUAAGAAACAAAUUCAAAUCUGUAAUACUUAAAAAAAGUGCUAAUUUAAAAACUGCUCUUGAAAAAAGAAAAAUUGGCAAAAACUAUUGUAAAAAAUCAAAUACCUAAAUAAUUUAUUUAACUAUAUUAAUAUUUAAAAAUAACUUAUUGGUGUUGCUAACGCCUAUGAUGGCCACAAGUUGUUUAAGGAAUCAACAAAACCAAAAAAUUAAUUUAACUUAUUUGUCACAAUACUUGAACUCAAAAAUUUUGAUAUUAUCAUCAGUAUUUCAACAAUACGCACCACCUUUCAUCAUACGAUAUACCGACCGUGAACUAGACGGCAAGUUGGAGAUUUACUAAGAAGUUGUUUACUACUAAUAGGGUGUUGGUUCAUAAACAAGAGUUUAACAAAAAAAAAAAAAAAAAAUAGUGUGGGAAUAAAUACAUUUAAGCAAUAAUGUCUUCAAGUGGUGGUGAGGGUGGCGAAGGCGUAACUGAAGAUUCUUUAGAAUCUUCUUUAUCUGCCUUCCAAACAAUGCCCAAUGAUUUUCGUUCAGCAUUGGAUGAUUUUCGCAACAAUUGGCAAAGAGAAUUACAACAGAAACAACAACCUAAACCCAACACUAAUGAAGACCCAGCUGAGCAGCAGACGCCUCUAACGGCCGAAGAACUGCAAGAAGCAGCAGAUGUUCUGGCACCGCUCGUCAAUGAUGAACAGGCCGAGCAGCAGGCAUUAGCUAAAAAUCUUUUCCACAAGGCCGUAGAACUGGAGCAAAGUGGCAAAGUAUAUGAUGCCAUACCAUUCUACCGUAAGGCCGUACAAAUUGAACCCAACAUUGAGUUCAAGUACUAUGAACAUCAAAAACUUAAAACUAACGUACAAAAUCCGAUUAAAGUGGUUUUAAAUACCACCUCGGUUCCAGAGGCUAAUGAAGAUUUGUUGGAAGAGGAUUUGCCAGAGGAUUUAUAUGAGAAAUUUCAAUUGGAUUUGUCACACAAUCAGCAUGGUCAACUAAUACAGAGUAGUCGUGAUCCUGGUAUCAUUACGACAGAAAUGCAUAUUUCAGAAUUGCCACCGGAAUUGCUGAUUUAUAUAUUGCGUUGGGUUGUUUCCAACCAGCUGGAUAUGCGUUCAUUGGAACAGUGUGCCGCCGUAUGCAAGGGCAUGUACAUACUGGCCAGAGAUGAGGAGUUAUGGAAGUCGGCAUGUGUUAAAGUUUGGGGCCACAAUGUGGGCACCCUUACCCAUACGUCUGCAGACGAUGAAAAAUCUUCUCUAGGUGACGGCCUUUGUCCUGUCAUACCACGCUACUCAACAUGGCGUCAAAUGUUUAUAGAUCGUGAACGUGUUCUUUUCAAUGGGUGCUACAUUAGUAAAACUACUUACUUGCGUAUGGGUGAAAAUAGUUUCCAAGAUCAAUAUUAUCGUCCAGUACAGUUAGUAGAAUACUAUCGUUAUAUACGUUUUCUACCCGACGGCACCGUACUAAUGAUGACCAGCUCCGAUGAACCCUCCCAGGGUGUGACUAAACUUAAAAAUCUACAUCAAUUGCGACCGGAUAUUUUAAAGGGCCAAUAUCGUUUGUUUGGUUCAACUUUAAGUAUUGUGGUUAGCAAGCAACAAGGAAAAUUCAUAACAAAUCCUACCACCGGUGGUGGUGGAUACACAAGACACAAUAGGCGUGGCAGUAUGGCAUAUGAUGAGGGGGCUUUUAAUAGUACAAAAUAUUGUAUAGAAUUUCGUAUAUUGAAUAAAUCAAAGAGAAAGUUUGCCCAGUUGAUGUGGUUGCAUUAUUCGGUGGUCCAGACACGUAAUAAACACGAAACAACUUCCGAAUUUGAGUUAACCCCUUCUAAGUAUCCACCCUUAUGGUUUUCACCCGUACGCAGUUAUCAUUUAGAUGCCGAUGCUCCAUUAGCUUAAGAUUUGGGAGGUGAUUUUAUUCUACUUGCCGACUAGUUACACACGGAUGAAAGAUUAAAGUGAAUUAAUAAUGUUUAUUUGUUUAAAUAUAGAUUUAAUAAAAGCAAUUUACCGAGUGU